AUGACCAAGUGCACUCACCAGCAUUGUGUUCAUCUGCCAGAGAGCACUCGAGCUUCUUUCUUCUCAAGAGAAAUGGUCAAGACCCUCAUCGUCACUCUUCAAGGGUUCCAGGCCAUCACCCUCUUAUCAGGCGGGCUCACCGAGGGUGCUAUCGGCUUCACAAAGUGGAUGGCAGUCGACAUCAUCUUCUUCCCCAUCGCUCUCAUUGGCUUGCUGAGACUUUUAUGUUGCCUCUGGAUUACCGACGACUUCUCAUAUCCCUCUCCCAACAAUGUCUCACCGUGCCGCCGGUCGGGCAAUUCCACUGAUAACUUCUCAUGCUCGUGCCGCCAGCCGGAUAGCUCUGGCCAAUCAUUCGAGCGCUUCUUAGAAGACAAUCGAUUCCUACCUACUACCUAUUGGGGUAGCAUCUUGUUUCGUUUGGUCUAUGGUCUGUCCAUACUCGGGCUGUUGGCCUUGACCAUCUGUUACGCGAUAUCGGGCGGUAACUAUACGGCGACGACUUUUACUGUCCUGCUCUUCUAUCUUGUGUUUCUUGCGGCAACAACCAUCAUCUUUUUCAUCUUUUUCGUCUGCAAGCAUGAGAUAACGACCAUUAUACCCUGUAUUUCAGAAACUUGGUAUCAGAUCUACACCGGGUGCAUCAUCAGCUUCGCGGUCAUUGCCAUUGUCAUCGCCUGCCUCGAGACCCACAAGUCUCCAUGCGGCAAGUUCACCAGCGGCUACGGUCGUGGCGCCGACGUCAGGGCAUGCCUGGGUUCAGUUGCGGAUGUUAUUCCGGUCAGCGAGGGAAUUGAUGAACCAUUCUUCGGGUUGGCUGCCUACGGGUUUACCAAGAAGAAUAAUGGCAGCUUCGUUAAGGUUGAUGACACGCAGCAAGUGGCAAACUUUACUGGGAUGUGCCUCGGAAAGCUGGAGUUGUAG